GGCUCGGGAGACAGACCACGGCGGAUGCACGGUGACAGACAGCAGCCGGUCCCCGCAGAGCCUUCACUCCCAGCCGGUCUCCUGAGUCGCUGAAGGAUCCGAACGUUGUCUGAAUGGACUGACAGCUUCCAGCACUUUGUCAACGGAAAAUCCAUCUCCAGACCAGCCCUCGGCCCCCCUUGCCCCGUCCCUUUAACCAAUAUGAACUCCUUGCCUCAUGGCUCCCGUGCCUCCAUCGACAUCCUGGAGGAGCUCCAGCUGAUUGCUGCACAGAAUCUGGAAAAACUGGACAUCAACAAGUACUAUGAGAUCAUCCGUGAGCUGGGAAAGGGCACCUAUGGAAAGGUGGACCUGGUCAUCCACAAAAUCAGAGGCACAAAAAUGGCGCUAAAGUUUCUGAAGAAAAAGACCACCAAGCUGAAGAGCUUCCUGAGAGAGUACAGCAUCUCCCUCUACCUGUCGCCCUGCCCGUUCAUCAUCAACAUGUACGGGAUCGCCUUCGAAACCGACGACUACUACAUCUUUGCUCAGGAGUACGCGCAGGCGGGAGAUCUGUUUGACAUCAUCCCUCCACAGGUGGGACUUCCUGAGGUAGUGGCGAAGCGCUGCGUGCACCAGGUAGCCAUUGCUCUUGACUACCUGCACUGCAAGAAGCUGGUGCAUCGUGACAUCAAACCCGAGAACGUCCUCAUUUUUGACCGAGAGUGCAGAAAGGUUAAGCUGUCAGACUUCGGCAUGACACGACGCGCCGGAUCACCAGUGAAGCGCGUGAGCGGAACCAUCCCGUACACGGCACCGGAGCUGUGCGACACUUCCCGACAUGAGGGGUUCUGCGUGGAUUACAGCACAGACGUGUGGGCAUUCGGGGUGCUGCUCUUCUGCAUGCUGACAGGAAACUUCCCCUGGGAGAAGGCCAUGCCCAAUGAUGCCUUCUACGAGGAGUUUGUCCGCUGGCAACGCCGUCGGACCGCCGCCGUGCCGUCGCAGUGGCGCCGCUUCACCGAUGAAGCCUUGCGAAUGUUUCGUAGGCUCCUUUCCAUCGAGCAGGAUCGCCGCUGCUCUGUCAAAGAAGUCUUCAGUUACUUCAACCAGUGCUGGAUGCUGGAUACCGAGAACGGGAACUGUAAUGGCAGCAGCGGGGCUUUGGCGAGUAGCGCGCCUCCUCUGGACAUCAGCUCAUCAUCAUCAGAAGAGGACGUACUCGUGGACAGACUGAAGCAACAGAGCCUGUCGCCUGCCUGCGUGGCGGCAAAGGGAGGGAUCAUGAUGGACACCCAGUACUCCAUGUCCACCAACAGCUCGCCGUCCUCCACCGGCAGCUACGAGCGAGUCAACAGAGAGAACAACGAAAGAGGGCGCAUCCUGGUGACCACGCCCAUUGAGAUCUGCGUGUAGAGACGGCGCAGCGCUGCCUUCGUGCUACCUGCUCACGCGUGUGUGCUGACGAAAAAGAUUUCUCCGAGCGGGAGAAAGAGGUGCGGCGAGCGAUGUUUGGCAUCGGGAAACGAACGACAGUCUGACGUAUGUUGUAGCUUUGUCGUGGAUUUGCUCAUUUCUGAUGAAGAUGAACUCUGAGGAAAUGACCCGCGACACUCACACAGCUGUAGCUUCCUGUGUGUGGUUUCAGUUACAGGAUUAAAAAAAAAAAAAAAAACCAAGAAAAGCUGAGGACAGGAAAACAAAGAAAAGCAAACAUAAUCCACAAGCAAUAGGUUAAAAAAAUAAAGAAAGAAAAGAGAAACUGAAGAAGACGACGAACAUGGUUUGUGUGUAACGAGACCGUGACUUUGUGUUUAACGUGCUAGUUAUGUUCACAUUUGGUAGAUUUGUUCAUGUAAAGCGUUUUUUAUUUGAAGUUAAUUUAUUUAUUUAUGUCACAUAAAUUUAUUUAGUAUUUAUUUUAUCAAGUGGGACCACAGAGCUGAAGAUUGUUUUGUUCUCUUUUUUUUUUCUUUUUUUUUCCCCUAUGAGAAAUAAAAAAAUUAAUUUUCAGCUACAACAAAAAGAAUUGUAGAAGCAGGUGGAUUUUCCAGGCCAAUGAAAACGUUCACCACAAGGUGGCAGUGUGGUGAAUGUUUUUGCAUUCUAUUUCUGUUUUUUUUUUUAAUUAUUAUUAUUUUGUAUUUUGCUGAAAGACUCCUUCAAAUCAAAAAUUUUCUUGUCUCGAGUCCCCCCCCCCAACACAAAUGAGCUAAGACUAGCUUAAAUAACAUUGAAAUAGCUCGUGUUAGCAGGAUGCUACACUGGCUUACUGCAUCACUUUGUGGUUCAAAGUGGUAUUACAUUAAAGUACCGCCUUGUUUAAACAGUACAAAGAAAGCUUGGACAUUAUGCCGUAGUUGUUUUUCUGUUCGUCCAAUUCUUUUGGUUUUAAUUUUAGAAGCUUUUAAUGUGUUUCUACAAAAUUACCUUAAAGUGGCCAUGAUGUUGUGACCGCUCAUAGAAUAUUUAAGGUUUUGUUUUGUUUUUGUUUUUUUGUUUUUUUCCCCCAUGUUUUCUCAUGAUUCCCAACAAGCUGUACAGUAGUCAACUUUAGCCUACCCCCAUUAUUUUGAAGUAAUCUAAAUGCACACUUUUUAUGGUCUGUCAAAGAUUAUCUGCUAAUAUUAUCAAAUAACUACUAAAAAAAAUUCAAAACAGUUUUUCUAGUUGCAUGGUGCGAAAAUGGAAAACUACCCUUUCAUUGAACAGUUGGUUAUUCUGCGAUAUGUUUGGACUGUUUUGGGGGGGUGGGGCGGGGGGGGAUAAGAUGUCACCAAAGCUGUUCAGGUAAAAGAGCAGAUUUGGUAUUUGGUGAUACUAUAAGUUGUCUUCUUUUUUUAGUAUUGGUUUAAUAAAAAAAACAAACAAACAAACUGUAAACGCUGAAAAUGUGACAGGAGACACAAAAUGCUUCUUAUACCCCUUUUUUCUUUUGUAAAGUAUUGCAUGGAGUAACGUUACUGUGGUGAAAAUUUGCUAAAAUAAAACUCUGA